GAUCAAGUAAGUAACACAUGCCCUCAUCCACUCUAAGGCAAGAGCCUGGAUCACGUUCAAACCAGCCAGUCGGUCCCUGAAGCGUAAUGGCAGUAAGGAAAGUGAAAAGCGUAAAAUAAAAAGCCCUAAACCCACAACAGUGAGAACUAUGGCAUUGUUUUGGCGUUGUCAGGGUGACGUGAUAGUCACAAAGUGACUGUCCCAUCCUAUUUAUACAAUUUCCAGCAGUCUUUGGGGGUUCAGGGCUUCAGUCCAUAGGGAGGACACUGGGUUUGGGCCUUGGCUUCAGACAAGAUGGCGAAAGUACUAUUAGUACAAGUCGCUAACUUCGGCAGCUCUAUGGUUAACCUCAACCAUAACCCAACUUCAGGCUGAGGAUGACAGUCCGCCAUCUUGUAUGAAGCCAGGUCCCUCUCGGGAGGUUGGACACAUGAGGAGUGCGCAUGCGUGCCCGGUCCGUUGGCGCGCUGCCUGCGUGCUCCUGUGGAUUGUGCGUGCUGGCGCAACGCGCGGCCUUCCGUCUGGUGCUCGUACUCAUCAACAACAACAUCCGGAAAUAGUGUCUCCCGGAGCUCCCGGUGCGCGGACUCACUCAGAAGAACACACUCACCCGGGGCCUGUGUCACGAUGUCGGAGACGGUGAAGUACGUGGACGACGAGCACAAGAGCAUCUUCCUGAAGCUGCUGAACGAGCAGCGCCUGGAGGGCGAGCACUGCGACAUCGCCGUGGUCGUCGAAGACGUCAAGUUCCGCGCUCACCGCUGCGUCCUCGCCGCCUGCUCCAACUACUUCAAGAAGCUGUUCAAGAAACACGAGGUGGACAACUCGUCAGUGAUCGAGAUAGAUUUUAUCCGCUCUGACAUCUUCGAGGAGGUUCUGAACUACAUGUACACAGCGAAGAUCUCCGUCAAGAAGAGGGAUGUCAACCUCAUGAUGUCAUCAGGACAGAUCCUCGGGAUCCGCUUCCUGGACAAGCUCUGCUCCCAGAAACGAGACAUGUCAUCAGAAGACAAAGACAAGUUUCCCUACGACAUUGUAAAGAUGGCGCUGCCACCUGAGGCUCAGCUGGCAGCUGACUCUGAGGUGCUCGGGGAACACGAGGACACGCCCGCCACAGAUGAACUUGUCGAUGCAUCGACCAAUCAGGAGUUAGACAAGUCUCCUAGCGCCGCACUGCGUGUCCAGGAAGCUAUCUUGAAAGAACUGACCAAUGAGGAUGUACACAAGGUGACCUGCUAUGACCAGGAUGUGGUGACAGAGAUGGAGGCAGAGCCUAAAGAGCUGGGUGCAGAGCAUCACGCCACUCAGACGCUGACAUUUGCUGAUAGUAUGGGAGAGGUGAAGGAUGAGCAGCCCCCAGGUUGGUCGACAGCCACAACUGACAUGAAGUUUGAAUACCUGCUCUAUGGACACAGAGAACAGCUUGCCUGCCAGGUGUGUGGGAAGACCUUCCUGGAUGAGAGCAGACUCCGGAAACACGAGAAGCUUCAUUCAGCCGAUCGGCCGUUUGCCUGCGAGAUCUGCACCAAAGCUUUCACCACACAUGCUCACCUGAAAGAACACCUAAAGAUCCACACUGGCUUCAAACCGUACAGGUGUGAGGUCUGCGGGAAAUCGUUCAUUCGAGCUCCGGACCUGAAAAAGCAUGAACGGGUUCACAGCAAUGAGCGGCCAUUCGCCUGCCAGAUGUGUGAGAAGGCCUUUAAACACAAGUCUCACCUGAAGGACCAUGAGCGGAGACACAGAGGGGAGAAGCCAUUCGUCUGUCCAUCCUGCACCAAGGCCUUUGCCAAGGCGUCCGAUCUGAAACGUCAUGAGAACAACAUGCACAGUGAGAGGAAGCAGCUGAACCCUCUGCAGAGUGACACAGAGACGCUGCAGGCUGCUGCCGGGGCAGCUGAGGAGCAGGCAGCAUCUGGACAGCAUGGGUUGCUCCUAACACCUGGAGCACCAUCUGGACAGCAUGGGUUGCUCCCAACACCUGGAGCACCAUCUGGACAGCAUGGGUUGCUCCCAACACCUGGAGCACCAUCUGGACAGCAGCUCCUAACAAUUACUGUAUCCAUUGACUUAUUUUUAAUACAAACUUUGAAUUAAGUUCAGUUUGUAUGGAUGUUGUUUUUCCUCCUCUCAGUCAGUGACCAUGAACUGAUGACCUCAGCGAAGGUGAUGAACACUUUAAACAUGAACAGUUUUUGUGACAACGUCCUCUGUGUAUAAUUAGUAAGUUUUUGUUUCUUUGUACGUGUACAGGAUGCUUUUCAUGUUUUUCAGUCUGGACCAAACUCCAUAUAGAAGACGGAUGAUUUUAAAGGUGCUGGUUUGGGUUGAAGCUAAACCCAUUUUCUGUUCAGUUUUAUGAGCAGAACUGUGUGUUCGAAUCCAUACAUCUGAGUUCAACAUUUUCACUAAACCACAGGAGCCCAGAGUGGACAAGUUUACUUAGAGGCUCUGUUUAAUAAAAUGUUUCGGUUUUAAAUGAAUACAUUAUGGUCGAUCGAU